AUGAUUUACCCGGAUCCACCGAAAAAAAUAUCAAAAACGAUGAAGAAAUUCCUACGUAACAAAUACAAGAACAAAUUCAAAGUAAAUUCUAAAAUAAAUGAGAAGGCAAUCACUGGUGAAGUUGUAUCAUUGGAAAUGGAUUUUGAGUCACAAAGUAAUUAUGUGAAGCAGACACCAGAUAAAAACGUUUCCUUCAACACGCAAGUGAUGAUUAUUCACUUUACAGGAGAUGUGUGCGUUGGGCAAAGUAUUGAAGAACUCAGCAAAGAGAAGGACCAACAGGCGAGGUAUUCUGAACGUCGGAAAACAUUCCUCACCAAAUACGACGAGUUUUGGCCCACGAAAAAGUAA